GCGGGAAUGGCACUUUAUAAAAUUGUCCCCAAAAAUCCCUAUUAUUUCUGGUCUGUAAUGAGCCUGAUAAUGCAGUCUAUUUCAGCACAUGAUGAGAAUCUUUCAAAAACAAUGUUUUUACCACUGGCUGAAAGGAUGGUUGCGAAAAUGGUAAAAGAGGACAAGAUUGAAGCUGAAGCUGAGGUGGAAUUAUAUUACAUGAUUCUGGAGCGUUUGGGUAAAUACGAGGAGGCCUUGGAGGUCAUAAGAGGCAAAUUAGGAGAGAAGUUGACCAGUGAGCUGCAGAGUCGUGAAAAUAAAUGUAUGGCCAUGUACAAGAAGUUAAGCAAAUGGCCAGAAUGCAACGCUCUUUCCAAAAGGCUGCUACUGCAGAACUCAGAUGAUUGGCAGUUUUAUCUCUCCUACUUUGACUCAGUAUUUCACCUUAUUGAUGAGUCUUGGACUUCACCAGCAGAAGGGCAGAUGUCCCUAGAGGGAGACUUGGACUACACUGUAGAGCAGACAGUGAGAUUUAUUGAAGAGCAGGUAACUGGUGCAUCUAAAAGCUCUCGACUGCUUCGCGGGCCAUAUCUGGCCAAACUAGAACUAAUUCAGCGACUAAGACAGCGAGGUUGUAAUGAUGAGCACAAGCUGGGUGAACCAGAAGAUCUGAUGUUCCAGUACUUUAUUAAAUUUGGUGAUAAGCCAUGCUGCUUCACUGAUCUUAAAGUCUUUGUGGACCUCCUUUUUCCCAGCCAAUACACCAGUUUUAUAAACAGAUUACUUGGGUCAUUACCUUUGACUCCUCCAGAAGAUAGUGAAUUUGCUCUGCCAGCUGACAUCAAGGCUCUGCAGAGGCAUUUGUGUGUGGUGCAGCUGACCAGGCUGCUUGGCCUUUACCAUAAGAUGGACAAGUCCCAGAAGCAGAGCGCGGUGCGGGAGAUGACUAUGAGAUACAGACAUGGGUUACGGUUUGGAAAGUCCUGCUUGAAAACAGAAUUGCAGUUCUCUGACUACUACUGUCUUAUAGGAGCUCACAUGCUUCUGGAUUUGUGGGACAAUGGGGAGGAAUGGGCUGUAUGGCAUUGUCUAACUUUGUUAGAAGAAGGAUUAAGUAAUAGCACAUCUAAUGCCCAGUUUAAACUGCUGCUUAUUCGCAUUUACUGUGUGCUUGGAGCAUUUGAACCUGCCAUGGAACUUUAUUCCAGCCUAGAUGCUAAACAUAUCCAACACGACACAAUUGGUUAUCUGCUGACGCGUUUUGCAGGUUCCUUGGGUCAAUAUGCAGCAGCAUCACAAGCCUGCAAUGCUGCUCUUAGGUUUUUCCACUCCAACCAGAAAGAUACCUCAGAAUAUAUUAUACAAGCUUACAAGUAUGGAGCUUUUGAGAAAAUACCAGAGUUCAUUGCUUUUAGAAACCGGUUAAACAACUCCCUUCAUUUCGCACAAGUUCGCACUGAACGAAUGUUGCUUGAUCUCUUACUUGAAGCUGAUCUCUCCACUAGUCUAGAAGAAAGUGUAAAAUCCAUGAGCCUGAGGCCAGAGGAGGAUGACAUUCCAUGGAAAGACUUACGUGAUAAUCGGGACCUCACUGUCCUCUUUAAUUGGGAUCCAAAGGACAGGUGAAUGUGAACAUCAAGAUCCUUUCUCGUUCCCAGCAAACGCCAACUGUUUUUUUUCCCCCCAGAUAUAUAGAUAUAUAUUAUAUGACUGCAGUUUUAUAAUAGAAUCUGUUGAUGACACACCUAUCUACAAUACC